GUGGAAGGGGGAGUGGCCGCGGUGCGUGUGUGCUUCUGCUCUUGGAGAGCUAGCCUGCACUUUAAUUCUCGGGAAUCUCGCGUGCUGGGCGCGAGUCAUGCAACCCUGAGGCGACGCCCUUUGAUCUUGCAGCCCCCGGUCGUCUGAAAAAUGCAAGAGGGUUGAGUGCGUCGACCAGGGCAAUGCGGCGCCUGCAGAACGUGUGCCUGACGGUGGCGGUGACCGCCCUGGUCGUCUCGUACGCCGCCUGGAGUUCGCUGACCGCCACCACCACCCUCGGCACCAGCUCUUCCGCCUCCAGGCAGCCCAUCGGCGACCUCCGAGAGCACUCCACCGUGUGUCACGCCUCUCUGCAGGAUCAGAGGACUUUCUUGCCGAGCAACAAUGACUCGUCGUUGCCUACCAUUUUCUUCAUCACGCCGACCUAUCCUCGCAGGGAGCAAUUUGCAGAGCUCACCAGACUCGGCCAAACGCUGAUGCACGUGCCCAGCUUGCACUGGAUCGUGGCCGACGACAACCCAGCGUGCAACCCCUUUCUCACAGAAAUCUUCCAAAAAUUCGGGUUGCCGUUCACGCACAUUUCCAGCCCGAUGCCAAGCAACUAUCGAAAGAGGUAUUUUGUGCCUCGAGGAGUGUCAAACCGCAGAGCCGCCCUAAAGUGGAUCAAGGCAAACGCUGCCAGCGGCGUCUUCUACUUCGGCGACGACGACAACACGUUCGACCUGACGCUCUUUUCCGAGAUUCGCGACACCAAGAUCGUGUCCAUGUUCCCAGUGGGUCUGAUCGGAGAAUUCGGCGUCAGCGCUCCCAUCAUUGAAGAUGGAAAGGUCGUGGGGUUCUUCGACUCUUGGCCGGCAGACAGAAAGUUUCCGGUGGACAUGGCGGGCUUUGCUGUUUCCGUGGAAUACCUUCUGCAACACCCAAAUGCAACUAUGCCGUACAAAGCGGGACAUGAGGAGGACCAGUUUCUCAAGAGUUUAGACUUGAAAAUGAGUGAUAUUGAGCCAAAGGCUAACAACUGCACAAAGGUACUUGUAUGGCACACGCAAACUGUGAAGAAGCCGAAACACAAUUUGAAGGUUCCUGAGAGCAUCUUCUCAAAUCUGCGCACCUUGCUGGAAAAGCUAGUUUCGUUAGGGGUCGUCCAAAUGGGGGCUGAGGUGUCGGGCAAGGAGGUCUACAUGGUGGUCGACGGACACAAGAAUGAGGUCACCAAACGACAAGUCCUUGGUCUUUCCUAGUUACUUAAGUAUAUUAUCCGGCUGUGAUAACGUUCGGAGGUAGGAUAUCGGCGCAAAUCUUUCAAUUUAAAUUAGACGCAUCGUUUUUUCUGGUAUUUCAACGGCGUGCAACAGAGAAAUUUGGUUGUGCUUAACAGUAAUUAUUCUGUCCCAGUUGAAAUGUGUUAAUUUGGCCUCUAGUACCGUAUGCCUUCACCAUCCAUUAAUUAGGUCUGAUAGUUAUGAAAUUGAUCUGUUCAUAAUUGUAUUUUUUCAAAUUGAGAUCUGAUUUUUGUGUAAAAAUUACUCUUAUUUCUAUUAAUUAGCAAACUUUUGAAAUGCCUUUUUUGCUGCAUUGGCAUGAAGAACUAAAGAGUUUGUUUUCAUUUAAAACUUAACAAACUAUUUGCAGAUGUUGAAGGACGUCAGAUGAUAUAUUAUUUUCAAGUUUUUCAAGGAGAAUGCACCUAUUAAUCCGGAGAAAAGUUGAUUGAAAAUUUCAUUAAAUUACGGUGGCGUGGAUUUAGCGUACCAGAAAACGGCAACUAUUUCAUUGGAAAUUUACAGCGAAUUUCUGGAUUAAAAGGUACAAAUAAAUAUGCCAAAAAAAUUUGUGGAUGGUGUGUAUCAACAGUAAGGAUGGAAUCUGAAGUGCUUUGACAGUACAAUCACCAAGGAUAUUAGCGAGUUUUUAUAUAGGGCUCUCUCACCCAUUAGUGUUAAUUUCCCAUUAAUUGUAAUCAAAGAAAAUACUCGCGCAAAUUUUAAAUCUAAGUGUUUAAUUAAACAUUCUGGACCUGUCGAACAGGCAUUGUUUUACAGUAGCUACUUUUUAAUUCAAGAACCGACUAAACCCAACCCCCUGGAAAGUAUUUUAAAGGUUGCGUAGUGUGGUUGGUCGGUCACACACAGACUUAGUGAGAGAUGUUGACAUAAUUAUUUGAAAGUUUCGGAAGAGGGAAACAACCAUAAACGACGAUUUUAGCACACUAAUUGUAGUAAUUAAGCUCAGCUCAAUAUCUCUACUAGAUGUAGAAUUGAUAGUUGUACCUGCUAUAUUUAAAUAAUUAAUAUCUUUUUCAAGGUCAUGUCCCGCACAAUCUACUUACAUUUAAUUAUUUUUUGCCUUGUCGUUUUAUGUGCUUUUCGAUAAUCUCUAUAUAAUUACUACUAAAAUCUCAGUAGAUCGUUGUAGAUGAUCACUCUCAUCUUCCUCUUCAUUGCUUGCUAACCAAGAUGACAUGAUUACCCCCAGACAUUGCCAAUUCAUUUUGCCAAAGAAUAUUAACAACCAUACACAGUGUCGACCGGAUAUAACAUUUUUUGAGAUUAAUUGUGUAUAGUACAAGAUGCGAAUAGCGCCGGAAAUUAUUUCAAUUCUUUUUAUUGUAGGCUUUCUCAUUGCUGUGCUUCUAUUGAUAAACGUGCACAGCAUCUUGCCAAAUCUGCUAUUUACAAAAUUAAUUUAGGCCAUUUUGAAUGGUGGCACGAUUAAUUUGCGAUCGGUGUAGCAUAAAAAAGAGACGUCGUGUUUUGACGUAGAACUUUGUGCAAUAUUCCCAUCAAUUUGUAUAGUUUCCUGAAUAAACUAGCCUUCCAAAGUUGCAUAUAUUCUCAUUCAUGUUGUAACUUCCUGAUUUAUAGCGCAAUGUACCGUUCAAUAAAGAUGAAACUCAAAGAAUCUCCAA